CCCGUCUGGGGUCUGGAGCGCAGCGUUUUUCAACCGCGGUGCCGCAGGAGAGAGUGGAAACUCCACCCUACAAUAAAACCAUGCAAAAGAGAAGUGAUAAAAUCCUAACAGUUAUUUAAAGGAUGUAAAUACGGAAUUGGAAAUUGGAAUUUAUUGUAGUGUGGAAACUCCAGACUACAAUAAAACCAUGCAAAAUAGAAGUGAUCAAAAUCAAACACUAAUUUAAAUUAAGUAAAUACAUAAAUAAAUCCUGAUAUAUUUUGCCGCUCCUUUCUGGACACAUUUGAAACCAAUACAUUUUCUGCUAUUUGUUUCUGCAAAUAGCCUGGCAAAAUAACCACCGAGUGUGAAUGGGGAUUUUCUAUAGGACUUUAAGCACAGGUGAGCUUUGGCCCAGGUUCCUGUGGUGGUGAGCCUGAGAUUUUAUUCAAUGAACCAAGGCUGCCGUGGCUAGAAAAAGCUCGAAAAACACUGAUGUUGCUUAUUGCCUGUGGUCCAGAUGAUCAGAUUGAUGUCUCUCAUAUGGUGGAUGGUCUGUCUGUCGCCAUAUGGACCAGUUCUCACGGUUACUGCUUCAGCUGUGGUGAGCUGUUGCUGCUGCAGUAGCUUUAGACUGGUGAGGAAAAAAAACAGCUGAACAUAGACAGGGAUUCAGCUGGAACUCAACACACUGGCACGGAUGAGCAUGAACUCAGAGUCUGGGCCCUUGGUUCUGAGUCAGACAUGUCCGGUCCAGAUUGGAGGUGAGCUUCUUCUCCAGGUGGAGGCGUUGCUCACGAGAGAGGGAAGGAUGGCAGUGGGUCUCCGGUCAUGAGGACUCCAUCGUGGUGAAGACAGAGCUGAGCCAAAAGACAAAGCUUGUAGUGACUAGGAGCUUCCUGCCCAACUUGUCAAUGUGAUAAGAGAAAACCCAACUGGAGGCAGUGAUGAUAGACAUGUGUCCACUUUGACAGUCACGAAGCCCUUGUUGUGACACUGGAGCCUCUUCACCAAGCCUUUGUUGUCGUCCUCCUGAACUCACUAAUGAAGCUGCUUGGUUAAUGACUCGUCUGAUGGACACUGUCUCUGUUCAUGGUCAGCAAUUAGUCAGUCAGAAGACAACGAAGCCAUUGUCUCUGUCUUUUCAACAGUUUGUUUUCUCUUUGGACCAUAAAAGCCUUCCCAAAGUGCCCCUCAAAUGAACGGGGAUUUUCUACAGGACUUUAAACACAGGUUCCUCUGGUGGUGAGCCUGGGAUUUUCUCAGUGAACCAAGGGUGAUGUGGCUAGAAAAGAGGUUGGAAAACACUGCUGGAGCGGGAUGUAGCUGGGACAGACCCCGGGGCUCAAGACAAAUCUAGAGAACAAUGUUAGUGUCUCCAUUGAGCAGCCAUGGUCAGAGGAGAGCCUGCAACGUCUGCUGUGUGAGUGUGUGUGUCAGUCACAUGGCAGGGCUGCUGCUCCAGGCUCCUGUGUUUACCAACAAGAGGAGGAGGAGGAGGCAGCGUAGUAGUCUCUCUCUCUCUCUCUCUCUCUCUCUCUCCCCUCCACUGCUCUUAAGCAGCAGAAGCCGUGGCUCUCCUCCACUCACUCUCCCCCACCAUGGAGGCUGGUGGUCCCGGCGCUCUCUGGGGAAGUGCCUGACCGUUGCAGAACAGGAAGUGUUGAUGUCUGCUCCUGCUCCAGGGCGCCACCAUGGGAUCGUCCACGCUGGGAAAAGCCGCCUCUCUGGACGCUCUGCUGGAUGAGUGUAUUCAAGCGUUCGAUGAGGACGGCGAGCUGCGAGCCAGUCAGCUGCCACGCAGCCUGCUGAUGAUGCACCGCUGGUACGUGACGUCGUCGGAGCUGGCAGGGAAACUCCUCAUGAUGUACCGCGACUGCACAGACGACAGCCGGGCCACCAGGCUGAAGAUCUGUUAUCUGAUGAGGUACUGGAUCAUGACCUUCCCUGCCGAGUUCAACCUGGACCUGGGUCUGAUCCGGAUCACUGAGGAGUUCCGGGAGGUGGCUGCUAAACUGGGCUGCGAGGCUCACUUCAAGCUGAUCGACAUCUCCACCAUACCUUCCUACGACUGGAUGAGGAAGCUGACUCAGCGGAAGAAGCAGGCGAAGAAGGGGAAAGCCUCGCUCCUGUUUGACCAUCUGGAGCCCAUGGAGCUAGCGGAGCACCUCACCUUCCUGGAGUUCAAGUCCAUCAGGAGGAUUUCGUUCAGGGACUACCAGAGCUACGUGGUCCACGGAUGCCUGCUGGAGAACCCGACCCUGGAGCGCUCCAUCGCUCUCUUCAACGGCGUCUCCCAGUGGGUCCAGCUCAUGGUGCUCAGCAAGCUGACCCCCCCGACCCGGGCCGAGGUCAUCACCAAGUACAUACACGUGGCUCAGAAACUGCUGCAGCUGCAGAACUUCAACACACUGAUGGCCGUGGUAGGCGGCCUGAGCCACAGCUCCAUCUCCCGACUCAAGGAGACGCACUCGUACCUUCCAGCUGAGGUGGUGAGGAUCUGGCGGGAGAUGACCGAACUGGUCUCCUCCAACAACAACUACUCGUGCUACAGAAAAGCCUUCGGUGAGUGUCGGGGCUUCAAGAUCCCCAUCCUGGGCGUCCACCUGAAGGACCUGAUCGCCGUGCACGUGGUCUUCCCUGACCUGGUGGACCACAAGGUGAACCUGGUGAAGAUGCAGCAGCUGUACCUGACCUUCAACGAGCUGGUGUCUCUGCAGACGGCAGCGGCUCAGGUGGAGCCCAACAUGGACCUGAUCCACCUGCUGACGCUGUCUCUGGACCUGUACUACACCGAGGACGAGAUCUACGAGCUGUCGUUGCUGAGGGAACCACGGAACCCCAAGUCUCUGCCGACCUCCCCAACCACUCCCAACAAACCUCUGGCACCGCUGGACUGGGCCUCCAGUGUCACCACCAAACCCGACCCCUCACUGGUCAACAAGCACAUCAGAAAGGUGGUGGAUUCUGUGUUCAGGAACUACGACCACGACCACGACGGAUACAUUUCACAGGAGGACUUCGAGAGCGUCGCUGCUAACUUCCCCUUCUUGGACUCCUUCUGUGUUCUGGACAAAGAUCAAGACGGCUUGAUCAGCAAGGACGAGAUGAUGGCCUACUUCCUGCGAGCCAACCCGCUGCUGCAGUGUAAGAUGGGCCCGGGCUUCGUCCACAGCUUCCAGGAGAUGACCUACCUGAAGCCCACAUUCUGUGAGCACUGCGCCGGAUUUCUGUGGGGGAUCAUCAAGCAGGGGUACAAGUGCAGAGACUGCGGCGUCAACUGUCACAAACAGUGUCGGGAGCUGCUGGUUCUGGCCUGCAGGAAGCUGCUGCGCUCAGGCUCACUGGGGAGUUCCUCGCCGCCCAGAAUGACUCACAGCUCGCUGCCCAGCAGCCCCUCUCUGCCCACCUGCCCAGACGACGACGAGGUCUUCGACUUCCCACGCAUCGACUCAUCAGGUCAGAGUCUGGACGCCAAGUCCAUCACCCUGGUGACCGGCACCGCGCAGAGGAUCUCCGUGCGCCUGCAGAGAGCCACCAUCAGCCAGGCCACGCAGACGGAGCCUCUGUGGGCGGAGCACACGUGGGCGGGGGGCGACGGCGGUUCGCACACCUUUCCCAAAAUGAAAUACAGGACUCACAGGAAGACCUCCAAGAACAAAGGGCCGGAGACCUGGGACGGACAGGAGGGCGGCAAGAAGAAGGCCCUUCUGUCCCGCUGUGCCACGGAUCCACGGGACAAGUCCGGACAGCUGGUCCAGAAUGGACUCACGCACCAAGGGAAGGGCAGCUGACUUGGUGGCCGAGGUCAGGCUCGGUCCAGGAGGCCAAUCAUGGAAGGGACCAGGAAGCUGUUCUGGCUGGGCUGCCUGAAGCCCGACUUCAGUGACCUGGAGCUGUCGUGUCCCCUCUGAGCUGGAGCGGCACGAUGCCCGGAGCAGAACUCGGCGGCUGGUUUGGGCCAGUUUCAGGCGCAUGAUGGAGCCCAGCUAGUGACGUAGGAGUCGGGUGUGGACCACGACACAUGCUGCAUCCUCCUGUGGGAACCAAAGGGAACAUUCAGGCUGAAGAACGAUGUGUUGUUGCUUAGUGAGGAAGAGACUUUUAUAGAGCAUGAAGGUGAUAACAUGAAUCAAUUCUAUCUCUUACUGAGGGCUCUGUUUCUUUCUAGAGAAUAAUGUAUUUAUUUCAAUGUCCUUGUUUCGACCUGUCUUGUUCCAUUCUCGUUCAAAUUAAUUUCAAGGUAACAUCUUAGUUCACUAUUCACUAUUAUUUUUUUAAUUUAGAAAAUGUUAAAACAUAGGAAAAAC